GCCAAUUGUGGUAGCUUAUAGACGAUAGGGGUAUAUAUUUCGUCUGAAGCCAAACAUAGAUACACGAGAUCAAGAUGAAUACAAAUCCACUGGUGGAUAGGGCACCUUUGUCUUUGGAUAGGGAAAGGGUGACGUGUCUUCUCUUGGUGAAUGCACAUCUCAUGAAAAAGGCAAUCAACAUUUACCACUCGGUACUCAGCAACCAGAUGUUCCAACAAAUGCCAGAAAAGGAACGAGCCCGUGCCUUGGACUCGUAUCAAAAUUGUACGCGAAGGAUCCACUGUAAUUUGUCCGUACUUAAUCACCUUCAUGACAAGUACCACGGUGACCCGUCGCAACCAUUGCCACCACUGAGACCUACUUUCCCCAUCAUGUUGUCUGCACCUGCCGACAUGCCGGAGUUGGUACAAUUAUAUUCUAAACUUCAAGAAUUGUAUCCUGAGGCCAUGCAGUUCAUCAAGAUGAAAAUCCAGCAAAUGAAAAACAGCAAGCAUUUCCAACAACAGCAGCAGCAGCAACAACAACAAUUACAAAUGCAACAGUCACAACAACAACAACAACAAAUGCAGCAGCAUCAGGAUCCUCAAACUCAACAACUCCAGCAACAGCAAGCCCAGCUUCUGCAUCAAUCUCCCAUGCAACUGCAACAGUUUCCCCCUCAACAAAGACCUCCACAGCAGCAACAAAAGCCGGAUCCUAUGUUAUAUCUGAAACCGCAUGGAGAACCUCAAAAGGAUCAAUCAAUGUACAAUAACGGGUUUAAUUCCGCACCACGUCUGAUGGGAAAUGUCGACAGCAUGCCUACACCUUCUGGCAGAAACCUGGUUGAUUUUUUUGUGCAAACAGGUAUUACUGAUUAUGUCGGCCUGGGGGGAUCGAAUCAAGGCAGACAAUCACUGAUGCAGGCACUUUCGCCACAACAAAUUUUGCAACAGGCACAAGAGUCUAGUAGUAUGAAUACCCCAGGUGAUAUGCUUAACCAAGGUCAACCUGGCAGCUCAGCCCUUGACUUUUUCUGAUUGAAAUAGGUAGGGUCCCCGUAACUUUGUUUGUAUUAUUUAUCUUUUGUAACAAUAUAAUAUUAAUUUGAACGCGCUGGUUACUGCGGUAACUCUCAUAAAUAUUGUAUUACAAAUUCUAUAAAUAUUGAACUAAAUAUGUGCUAGCUUUGAUCCAUAAGAUCUUGGAACUCAUGAUUGAUAAGAUCAGCAUAACCGCCUGACCCCAUUGAGAAUCCCGAAUGGGAAAAUUCUUCUGGAGGCACCAUACCAAAUGAAAAAGCUGGCGAAGGAGCAACGUUCUGUGCGUUGGCAUUUACAGAAAUAGGUACAGCUUCGUGUGCUCCUUUCAAAGGUUCAUGCAUCGCAGAGGGUGGCUGGUUGGGGUUUCCUCCUGCUACAUUCAACCAUCCAGCAUCAUUAGUAAUUUCGUUCCAUAACUGUUGUUCCUCAUCCAAAUACGUGAGACCCUCAAUCCCGGUCAAAUCUUGAUUGGUGUAUACAUCUCCUGGAGUUGGAGUUGGUCCUGAAACCAUUUCGGAUAUAUAGCUUGAAUUAGGUAGUGGUAUUUGUGGUUGUACUGGCACUUGAGAACCAGUCUGUGUGUGUUGUUGUUGAUGUUGAGGAAAUGUGGAAGCUCCCAGUGUAGGAAGAUGCAAGUAAUCUAAAUCUGAAGCCUUUAUUGCUGGGGUUGGUAAAUCUCCCAACACAUCACUAGCUUCUCGUGAUAUAUCAUUAAACACAUUGUCAGUUAAAUUUUCUGAACUUUCAAAAAGUGUAUUGGAUUCUUCAUCAUCAUGUUUUUCCAAAAUAUCAUUCAUGACUCCAUUGAAAUCCAAAACUCUAAUUAACUUUAACAAUUGGGCUCUUCUAAGUGCUGCAGGAUAAUUUCCCAACCUUUUCAUUUUAGUAAAUAUCACCAAUGCAUGAUCUAAAUGAAUCUUGGUUGCAUCAUGAACACCAAAUGAUGCAUUAAAAAGAAUCAAAGUUGAUGCCGAAGUAAACAAAUAUUCACGAUCCAUCCACCCAAACAAUGCCACCAUGUUAUCCGGCAAAAGUGCCCAAAUACUCUUGAUUGUAUUGAUAGAGGCUUGGAAUGAGGCAUUCAACAAAGACAACACAUUUUUUGAAUACUUGGUUAAGUCAAUGUAUUUACUUUGUGUGUUUUGAACUUGUAACUCCUUCAAUUUCUUGGUAGCAAAAUGAAAUAAAAGUGGACGAACAGCAAGAUUAAUCCCUUGAAAGUAUUCAGUCAUCAAAUUAACCACUAACCUUGAUACUUGAGGAUUAUCAACUGCAAAGUCUAUGCGAAGGUAUUUGGGCAAAGAAUUCUUCCACGCCAUCAAUCGCUGAACUAAAUCAGACACAACAGGAAGAAUAUUAACCGUGGGUUGUUUUGUAUACAACGAAGACAAAAUAACAGCAUUGAUCUGGGUUAUAGUAACACAGUUGUUAAUGUAAUCAGCAGGUGGAAAUAUGUAAUACCCUCUAACAUCAGUUUCAUCUCGGGGGAAAUCGGUUAAAUCAAUCUUAAAGUCAAUAGGUAAUUCAGUAGAAACAGAAUCAUCAGCAAAACUCAAAGGUAAUCCAGCUUUAGAUGAAAGCAUUCUUUCAUACAUGUACACUGUCCACCAAAUUCGUCUUCGAUGUUCCAAUUCAAAUCUAUUCAAAUUUUCCUUGUCAGCAUCAACAUGCCAUCCUAAAAUUAAUGCUGCUCUUAAUGCUAACCCAAAAUAAAAAUAAGACGCUAUCGUGCAAUCUGCAACUUGUAAAUAGAAAGCGUACAAAAGCAUGACUUCAAUACCACCAUCUUUGGUUAUAUUAUCGAUGGCACCAGAAGCAAACAAACCAGUGAAAAGUUCCGAAGCUUGGU